CAAUACCAACAGAAGAUGAUGAAUCAUUGCAAUAUAUUGAUUAUAGUGUACAUGAGCAUCUACUUGACAUGACAACAUCUCGUGAAUUUUGGUAUUUGCAAUUAGAAGAAUACAAUUUGGAAUAUCGAUUAUUAUUACCAGUUGAUCGACAUCGUUUGUCUGAUAAUCAUCGAUCGAGUUCUGCUUGUACUACUCAAAUCUCUUUUGACAAUGAAAUAACACAAGUAUUUCUUGAUUAUGCUUCUAUACAUCAUGUGACACCAUUUCAGUUGGCUCUGAGUAUAUUAUAUGCUUUUCUUUUCAAGUUAACGCAUGGUGAAAAUGAUUUAUGUAUUUCUUGUCUUAAUGCUAAUCGGUACAGAACUGAGCUGCAGAAUAUAAUGGGAAUGUUUAUUUCAACACUGCCACAUCGUAUUCAAGUUGAUCUACAUUGGUCAUUUGAUGAACUUGUUGAAUAUGUACGAGAGAAAUGUUCAUCAAUUCUUGAACAUUCACAUUAUCCACUUCAACAUAUUCUUGCUAAUUUACAUAUUAAUCAAUCAAAUGUAUCAUUUCUUGAAACAAUGUAUGACUUUAUAACUAUAUCGUCACAUAGCGAUGAAUUAUCUUUGGAUGGAGCAGAUUUUAGACACGUUUCAUUCGAACAAUCGUUUGAAGUGGCUAAGUUUGAUUUUAUGUUAAUGUUUGUCUAUAACCCAAUGUCGGAAAAUAAUAGAUUAUCAUUUCGUUUAACUUGUUCACAUGAUCUGUUUGAUGGAAUCACAGUUACAAAUAUAGGUCGAAGAUUAGAAUAUUGUUUUCAACAACUUUUCUCAUCGAAUGAAAAAUUGAAUCGAAUUGAUACAUGUUUUACUUCUAUAUCCGAAUUUGAUCUUAUUUUACCAGAAGAAACUCAAGAACUGGAAGAAACUAUCUUUGGUCGACAAUCACAUAUAAUGAACGAAGCACCAGCAUCCUAUGCACAAACUCGUAUCUGGCUUGAUGAAAGAAUUUGUUUUGAUCUCGAAAAACUACAAGUAGUCAUCUACAAUAUGCUUUUCGUUUAUCGUCUCACAAAUCAACAUUCUCUAUCAAAACAACAACUUCGUAAUGCUUUUAAUCUAGUUCUAAUCAAACAUCAAUCACUUCAUACAUCACUUUUCUUCGAUACAGAAAAGAAUCUAGUCAUGCAACGAAUCAUUGAUAUGAAUGACAACAGUAGACAAAUUUUUACAUUUAUUGAAAGCGCUUAUGAAACAGAUGAACAACUCAAUGCUAUCAUCGAAAAUGAGAAAUGUAAUCCUGAUCUUUUUGAUCUUGCUCAAGGUAUUGUCUUUCGAUGUCAUAUUAUCUACUAUCAACAAAUCUCUUCAAACAACAUUCUUUCCGACAAAGAUAUAAUUACCUUCAAUUUCCAUCAUGCUUUCUUUGAUUAUCCAUCAAUGGAUAUAUUUCUUCAUGAUCUCGAUCGAGCCUACAAAAUAGAUGAACUAACAACUGAUAAUGCGACUACUCUACGUUAUAUCGAUUGUAAGUAUAUUCAAUUUCUUGUUCU